CGAGAGUGAGAGAGCUUUACAGCGUCGGGGCGCGCGCAAGAGGGGUUGUAAAGGGGGUGUGGGGGGAACUGUCGGUGUUACCCAGAGUCCACUGCGCGGCUUCACUAAGCUAAGGAGUCAAGGAGGCCUUUUUCAGUCGCCUCUCCUUGCCGCGCGCCAUGUCUGAGAGUGGCGAGAGCCCCCCUGGGGCCCAGAACCCCAACGAGACUCCCGCCGCAGCCGCGUCGGCCUCGUCCUCCGAGCCACGAAUCAUCAAAGUCACUGUGAAGACCCCCAAGGAGAAGGAGGAGUUCGCGGUGCCGGAGACGAGCAGCAUCCGGCAGUUUAAGGAAGAAAUCUCCAAGCGUUUUAAGGCCCACACUGACCAACUUGUGUUGAUAUUCGCUGGAAAAAUCUUAAAAGAUCAAGAUACAUUAACCCAGCAUGGGAUCCAUGAUGGACUUACUGUUCACCUUGUCAUCAAAACGCAAAACAGAUCACAUGAUAAUUCAGCUCAGCAAACAAAUACUGCAGGAAGUACUACUACUACAUCAACAUCUACCAGUAGUACCUCUACAAGUUCAACAACCAGCAGUCCUUUUGGUUUGGGUGGUAUUGGAGGACUUGCAAGUCUGAGUAGUCUGGGACUGAAUACUUCAAACUUCUCAGAACUUCAGAGUCAAAUGCAGCGACAACUAAUGUCCAAUCCAGAAAUGAUGGUUCAGAUCAUGGAGAAUCCUUUUGUUCAAAGCAUGCUUUCAAAUCCAGACCUAAUGAGACAGUUAAUUAUGGCUAAUCCUCAAAUGCAACAGUUGAUACAACGCAAUCCAGAGAUCAGUCAUAUGCUUAAUAAUCCGGAUAUAAUGAGACAGACUCUAGAGCUUGCUAGAAACCCUGCAAUGAUGCAAGAAAUGAUGAGAAACCAGGACCGUGCCUUGAGCAACCUUGAAAGUAUACCUGGUGGUUACAAUGCUUUGCGACGCAUGUAUACAGAUAUACAGGAACCAAUGCUGAAUGCAGCACAAGAGCAGUUUGGAGGCAACCCAUUUGCUUCCCUUGUAAGCAAUUCAACAUCAGGUGGGGACAGCCAGCCAUCUCGCACAGAAAAUAGAGACCCUUUACCAAAUCCUUGGGCUCCUCAGUCCAGCACACAGAGUUCCCCAAGCACUGGCAGCAGCAGUGGAGACAGUGGAAGAGGCAGUAAUGUUGAAAAUAGUAGCACUGGAAGCACGGGACAGAGCUCAGCAAUGCCAAACUUGGGACCUGGUCUUGGAGCUGGUAUGUUCAACACCCCUGGAAUGCAGAGCUUGUUGCAGCAAAUAACAGAAAAUCCACAGCUGAUGCAGAACAUGUUGUCUGCUCCCUACAUGAGAAGCAUGAUGCAGUCAUUGAGCCAGAAUCCUGAUCUUGCAGCGCAGAUGAUGCUGAAUAACCCUUUGUUUGCUGGAAAUCCUCAGCUUCAAGAGCAGAUGAGACAACAAAUUCCAACUUUCCUUCAACAAAUGCAGAACCCUGAUACACUAUCUGCCAUGUCAAAUCCUAGAGCUAUGCAGGCUUUGCUUCAAAUUCAGCAGGGUUUGCAGACUCUAGCAACAGAGGCACCUGGGCUUAUCCCUGGAUUUAAUACUGGUAUAGCUGGAUUAGGAAGCACUGGCAUUCCUACUGGCAUUCCUACUGGCAUUCCUACUGGGACAACAGUGCCCACUUCCGUCCCCAGUGAAAAUGCAAGUCCAGCAUCAGGAACUGGUGAAACUGGACACCAGCAGUUUGUUCAGCAGAUGUUGCAGGCACUUGCUGGAGCAAACACUCAGCAACUACAAAAUCCAGAAGUCAGAUUUCAGCAGCAACUGGAGCAACUCAGUGCAAUGGGCUUUUUGAACCGUGAAGCAAACUUGCAAGCUCUAAUAGCAACAGGAGGUGAUAUCAAUGCAGCCAUUGAAAGGCUACUGGGUUCCCAGCCAUCAUAGCAGCAUUUCUGAAACUUGAAAAAUGUAAUUUAUUUUUGAUAACAGCUCUUAAAUCUUUAAAAUACCAGCUUUAUUUCAUUCUGACUUUCAGGAAUUGUCUUGUUCUAACUAAACCCAGUCUGAUGCAUUAAGGUGGAGUGCAGUAGUUUUCUUCGAACAGUGGGAAUCAAUGCUUUUACACUUGGUUGUUGCAUGCAUCAAACACUUCAUUCUGCAUUGUGAUUUUUUUUUAAAAGGAAAUCUGCUUCCACAGUUGGAUGACCAGGUUUUAUCUGACCUUCAGCUGUCCAAUUUAGUUGCUUCUUAAACAUUAGCCUUUGAUAGUAAUUUAUGUAGAAUACAAAUUAAAGAGGAAAACUAAUUGAAGCUAUGAUUUGUGGGUACAUAUUGCUUAUUGUGACUUGGCAUGUCUUUCUUGCUAGCAAAAUGCUGUAAGAUUUAUACCAUUUGACUUAGUUACAACUCUUUCUUUUAUUUCUACGAAGGAUAUAUACAUGGAACAGAUUUUUCCCACGCUACUUCUUCAUUGCAGUAGCAUAAAAAUGUGCAUUUUAAAACCAGACUAAAUGAAAUAUGCCAGACAUCAGGGUAGCAGAAUCUUACAGCAUCUUUAGCAAGCAUCUCUGCAGAAGUGCUUUGGCAAAUUCUUUUAAAAUACUAGGAUCUGAUUGUUGAUCUGAUCUUGACAUCUUAACUGUACAGAAACCUGCAUUGUAACAUUGUCUCAAUAUUCACAAAGAUUGAUUGUAAAUUACCUUCAUCUUUGUGCUGAUUGAAGGAGCACAGCUGUUUGCUCCAAAAUUGCUUUUGCCUAAAGGUCUUUGGCUUUAUCCCCUUGAGAUUCUAACUUGCAUUAUGAUUUGUAAUUGGAAGCAUACUUUCACUGACACUGUCAUGUGAUACUCUAAUUACUUUUAACCACCAUGUAAAAAUACUGUAUAUCUUUUGGGUUUUUAUUGGUAGUUAUUUCUCUUGUGCACAGGUAAUAAAUGAAUUAAACUUCUUUGUGAGCAA